AUGGCGGCCGCGCGCCGUGGAUUCAAACGCAACGUGCGGGGCGGGGACGGGGGGCGGCGGCUUCCCGGCGGGGUUCACUGCGCCUGCGCCCCGCGAAUCAAGAUGGCGGACAGUGCGGAACUAAAGCAAAUGGUGAUGAGCCUCCGAGUUUCGGAGCUACAAGUGCUGCUGGGAUACGCGGGAAGGAACAAGCACGGUCGCAAACACGAACUCCUUACAAAAGCCCUGCAUUUGCUCAAGGCUGGCUGCAGUCCUGCUGUCCAAAUGAAAAUCAAGGAACUGUACAGGCGCCGCUUCCCUCAGAAGAUCAUGACUUCUGCAGACCUGUCCAUCCCCUCCGUUCAUUCGAGUUCCAUGCCAGCCGCUUUGUCGCCCUCUGCCAUUCCACAGCUCGGUUACGACGGCCACCCUGCGACGUCUCCAUUGCUUCCCGUUUCUCUCCUGGGACCUAAACAUGAACUGGAACUGCCCCACCUUACCUCAGCACUCCACCCCGUCCAUCCAGACAUAAAGCUUCAGAAGUUACCCUUUUACGACUUGCUGGAUGAAUUGAUAAAGCCAACCAGUCUAGCAUCAGAUAACAGCCAGCGGUUUCGAGAAACCUGCUUUGCGUUUGCCCUCACACCACAGCAAGUGCAGCAGAUCAGCAGUUCCAUGGACAUUUCUGGAACCAAAUGUGACUUCACCGUGCAGGUCCAACUGAGGUUUUGCUUAUCUGAAACCAGUUGCCCACAGGAAGAUCAUUUCCCACCAAAUCUUUGCGUGAAAGUUAACGGGAAACCAUGUAGCUUACCCGGCUAUCUCCCACCAACCAAAAAUGGGGUUGAACCAAAGCGACCCAGCAGACCAAUCAAUAUCACCUCACUCGUGCGGCUCUCCACGACGGUACCAAACACAAUCAUUGUCUCGUGGACUGCAGAAAUAGGAAGGAAUUAUUCUAUGGCAGUCUACCUUGUAAAACAGCUGUCUUCUACAGUGUUGCUGCAGAGAUUACGAGCAAAAGGCAUAAGGAAUCCUGACCAUUCAAGAGCACUAAUCAAAGAAAAACUGACAGCUGAUCCCGACAGCGAAAUAGCAACAACCAGUUUGAGAGUCUCUCUUCUAUGUCCACUUGGUAAAAUGCGGCUGGCGAUACCUUGCAGGUCCCUGACCUGUUCACACCUGCAAUGUUUUGAUGCAACUUUGUAUAUUCAAAUGAAUGAGAAGAAGCCCACAUGGGUCUGCCCUGUGUGUGAUAAGAAGGCCCCCUACGAACACCUCAUAAUUGACGGGUUGUUCAUGGAAAUCUUGAAGUAUUGCACAGAUUGUGAUGAAAUUCAGUUCAAAGAAGAUGGUUCGUGGGCACCUAUGAGAUCAAAAAAAGAGACCCAAGAGGUGAUGUCAUCUUUUAACGGAGUGGAAGGCUGUUUAAGUUCUUCUGUGGACCAUCAAGUGUCUUCGCAUCAGCAGUCAAACAAGAAUAAGAAAGUCGAGGUGAUUGACUUAACCAUUGACAGCUCUUCUGAGGAAGAGGAGGAAGAACCGUCUGUCAAGAGGAACUGCCCUUCCCUGUCCCCUGCAUCACCCAUUAACAACAAGAGCAUUUUAAGUCUCCAGCACCAAGCAUCUCCUGUUUCAAGAACUCCAAGCCUUCCAGCGGUGGACACCAGCUAUAUAAACACCUCACUUAUACAAGAGUACAGGCACCCGUUUCAUAUGACACCCAUGCCUUAUGACCUCCAAGGGUUGGACUUCUUUCCUUUCUUGUCAGGAGACAAUCAGCAUUACAGCACUUCACUUCUAGCUGCUGCGGCUGCAGCCGUGUCUGCCUCCGAUGAUCAAGAACUCUUGCACUCGCGUUUUUUCUCCUACCCUUCAUCCCAGAUGUUUCUGGAUCAGCUAAAUGCAGGAGGGAGCGCCACGCUCCCGGCUACGAAUGGCAGUAACAGCGGUAGCAACAGCAGUCUCGUGUCCUCCAACAGCCUCCGGGAGAACCACGGCCACCCUGUUGCCAACCGAAGCAGCACAGAGCCCACAUCACUCUUUGGUGUCAUGCCAGACAUUAUCUCCUUGGACUGAGUUCUGCUGAAAUGGCUCUGGACUUGCUAGAGGAAAGAUUUUGGGCUUCGUUUUACCUUAUUUUUUGUUUAGAAAUGCAGAUAAGCUUUUCCUUUUUGUAGGGAAAAAUAUUAAGACAUGUACAGAGAACAAAAAACUAUAUUUUCAGUUGUACUUUUGUAUAUAAACAGAAGAUGGUUUGACUGGUAAAAGAAACAAAAAAAAAUUAACAAAAACUCCCAACCUAGUUUUUUGGAUACAGAAGAUUUUACGCCCCCCCUGUUUGUCUGGAGUGUUCAUUUUCUUUUUAAAGUUUUGACCUUUAACCGCAUAACCUUUUAUUUCUUUACAGUGAUACUAAUGGAAAAGAAAUGGAGUGUUUUGAAGUUUUGAACCUGUAGGGGGACUUUUAGUUCCGAAGAAAACAGAUGGCACCCAAGAUACUAGAAGGAACUGCUCCCCCCUUAGGGCACAAUCUGUUGGGAAUGUUUUUCCACACAAACCUCAUUGGAAAGAAUGAGUCUCGUGCCCGUAGAUUGGCUCUUCUCUUGUUUCUGCUGUAAUUUAAACGCAAAUUGAAUUCUUCUAUUUAUAUAAAUUACACUCUCCAUCCUCCACCCCAGCGUUCUCUGCUGGAUGUUGCUUUUCAGAAUGUUUGUUUUCUAGUUCUGAAAGUUAGUGCAGAACCGUCAUAUUUUUCUUCAUUGGACUUCCUCCUGUUAGAGUACUAUCUGGUUCUUUUCCUAGGUCAGACGUGCCAGCUCUCUUUGCCGUUAGGGAUCCCUUAAUGAGACAAAGGCGUUGAUGAACCUUUCCGGUGGUCUUUCAACUUUUUUAUAUUAAAGAUUCCCUUCCAAAGGUGGUCCAACAAUUGUCAAAUGUUUAAACUAACUAUCUUCCUUCCCUGGGAUUUUUGAAAAUUACUUAGUUAAUUUCUUCCUGUUUUCUCUUUUUUAAUUGUAAUGGAUCAGAAUAAGCCAAUAACCAAAACCAAAAAGAAAUAAUGUGAUUUCAGAUCAUUCUGUUUUGCAUCGAUUCUCUCAUCAAUAGUGCAUUAGCUUUCUUUCUGAAGGAUCUUAGAGCCUCAGGGUUCAAUCCCGUGCACCUUUGCUUGAGUGAAAGAUUUUUUUAAAGUUAGUGGGACUUGAUUUUGAGUAAGCAUGCAUAGAGUUGAGCAACACCAAAUGGAAACUCGUUUUUAAAAAAAAACACGAUUUGAAAAGUCCUUCCCUUUCUUGCUUCAAUUCUUGUGGAAUAUGGAAAUAUUUUUGGAUGAGUGUAAAUUCUUUCCACUGUGCCUGGCUUUGAAGUUUGUGAAUGCCUCUGCCAUUUUCUUCCUUUUAUUUUAUAGUUGAGCUGUGCAAGCUGUAUUUAAUUCCCCUUAAUGUUUGUGGGGACUUUCCUACCAUAAAAUAUGCAUGAUUUAGAAAAGUGUCUUUUCAAAGUGGCUGAUUAUUUAAACUGUCCCCUUUCUCGCUAAAUAUGAAUCCUGCAAGCGGACAUGAAAUUAUUUGUUUUUUAAGGGAAUCUUCCCAAUGAAAAACAGGAAAAGGAAAGUAUGGAAGAGCAAUUUUGAUAUAUCCCAGAGCCUUCAUUGGAGUGCACGUUUGCUUUCUGGUGUGAGAUUUUUUAAAUAGCUAGGUUUUAAAAUCUUGAGUUUACAGAGAGAUCAGAAAUUAAUUGGGAGGGAGGGAGAAGAAACCAGGCAGACUUUUUGUCCACCCAUUUGAUCAAAAUUGUGUCUGAUAGUUCUUUGAACCAUAGCUGGAAAAGGUGGCAUGUGUCUUUUUUUUUUCCGAAGCAAUCUUGCAUCAGAAUUUUGCAGUAAUAACCUCUUUUAUUCACAUUCAGUUUUUCGACAAAUUCAGAGAUCACAUACUUUUUUCAGUGCUUUUUUUGUAAAUGUAUCCCUUUUGCCACUUAAAAGCUGAGUUGAAUUUUGAAAAUAUUUGUUCAUAUGUAUAUGUGUGUGUGUAUAUAUGUAUUUAUAGAUCUGUGUGUAUGUGUGUCUGUCUGAUGCAUGUGUAUUCCAUUCAUGUUUGGCUGAUACUUUACCAUUGGCCAGUUUAUAAUUUAUUAAAUGUUAGUAAAAUUUAAAUAAAAGGGUAGAGAACAGGAAAUCCUUUCUGAGUUCAAUUUAGCUUGGUGGCAUCAAAACUUACUUUUUAAAAGCAAACAACCUGGCACAAAUAUAGUAUAGAACUUCAUUAGAGGUGUGACCCAGUUACGUGCCAAUUCAAAGGACCUGUGGAAAUACUGAAAAGCAAAAGUGUGUGUGUUUGAGAGAGGGAGAGAGACAAGAUAGCAACGUUGUUGAAAUGAGAAUGGUAGAAUUGUUCUCAUCAUAUCUGAGGCUUUGUACCUGCUGUUUCUGCUAAAUCUAUGGUAAAUCCAGAUAUUUUUUCUACCCACAGAAUGAGACAACCAAGGGAUGAUAUACUUUUGGCUGUAAUCGAGCGCUUUUAAAAUCUAUUUAACUGUAUUGCAAUGUAAGUGUGUAUAACUGCACACUGCGCUAUAGCCGUUGCAAGUUUUUUUUUCCAGUGGUACCAGCUGUUGUUGAGAUAGUUGUUUUGAUCUCUUGACCUUAUCCAAACCAAGUGUGAAGCUGACUGAAUAAGGACAGCCAAUAUUUUUGUGAGAUACGCCACAGUGAGGCUGCUAGCUCUCAAGUUUCUCCUUAGACAAGAAAUACUGUCACCACUGGAGGGCGCAUUUGCAAGGAAUAUUUACCUUCUGGAAAGAGAGAAGUUAACUCAUCAUCAAUGUUGGUCAGCCCAGAGCAGGGCCCUGAAAGCUAAGGCAUAGCCGGUUAGUGUUCACUUGUCUCCUCCUAAGUCUGUAAUAAUAAACUCAAGCAAGGAACUUUUGAGAUUCAUGAAGUGCUCUGUUUCUUGGGCUCCUUGACGGCAUAUUUACCCAGGGUAACACAAGAUCCUGGAAGAAGAGCCAGUUCUGCAGCCAACAACGGUAGCUAACAUUGCUUGGCAAAAUACUCAAUUUUGGUUUCAUCAGAAAUCCCAUGUAGCAUAACAUGUUGCUUAAACAAACACACACACAACCCACACACAAGUGUGUACAUUUGAUAUAUUGCCAAGUUUGUUUCCGUGUGACUUAUUUUGGAGUUUCUUUAUUUGGCCAGUUUUUGGGGGUCCUUAUUUACAACAGGGGAGUGUACGUGUGAGUGUUGCUUGUAUGUGUGUAUGUAUUUUGUACAGUCAGUUGCAUAGGUGUGGUAUGUAUACCCACAGAUGCAAGAUACUUGUAUAGCAGGGGGUAGAAUGACUUUUUUUUCAAUCACUUCUGUGGGCAUUACUGGGUACAUAGUUUUAAGAAUAACUAAAAGCAAAACCAAAAAUAAUACCUUCCUAAAACUCAAUCAAUUGUUGCACUGUCUAGCAGUAUUUUCAGAAUGGCAUUCCUAAGUCCCAAAGUCACUUCUUUACCUACUCAAAACACAGACCCAUAAGCCUCUGGAGAAUGUUAUUGCUGAUAGACCUUCCAUUGAAUUAAUUUGCUUUUUUCUUUUGGCGUGGUUACCUUUUUCACUACAUUAAACAUUUCAAUGUUUUUCAUAACGCUUUAUUGAAAGGGUUGUUUCUUCUUGUGUUCUUAUUUUCCUUCCAACGAGAGCUUAGAUUUCUACAGAGAGGCCCCGCUGUGUGCUGCUGUUAAUUGUUCAAAUUAACAAAAGGGAAAACAAUGUAUAUAUAAACAGAAAACUAUAAAGUUAUUCCAUAAGCAUAAAUCUGUGAUUCAUUGCCUUAAAACUUUCUCUUAGUUUUCCAUACAGCAUGCCAAACAAGUUUUAAAAAGUGGCUUUUAAAAGAAAUGUAUAGUAGAUCAAUGUCAGUUUGUAUAAAAGUACCAAGUGAAAAUAUUUAUUACAUGCAUUGGAAAAAAAUGGUUUACCCUAUUGAAUGUUACCUGUUUAUGUAAAACAUCUUUAGAUGUAAUAAAAAGCAUUAUUACAUUGUC